GUUGCAGCAAUUACCGGCCGUUUCUUGUUCUUCUUCACCUUCCUUCCAUCUAAAAACCUAGGUUAAAGCGACGGCGAAUCGCUGUCCGCCUUGGCAGGGUUCGUGAAUCGCCUGUCUUGGCCCUACAUCUUCUUGUAAAACUUAGGGUUUAGGGGUUGAGAGGUUUAGGGUUUGUAAUUUUCCAUUUUUUGUCUAGUCCAGACUCAGAAGCAUAGAAUCUGCAUCAAUGGCACCAAAGCAGACCAAGGCCGAGAAGAAGAUCGCUUACGAUGAGAAGCUGUGUCAGUUUCUCGAUGAAUACACUCAGAUCUUGAUCGCCGUGGCGGACAAUGUCGGCAGCAACCAGCUCCAGAGCAUCAGGAAGGGUCUCAGGGGAGAUUCGGUCGUAUUGAUGGGUAAGAACACCAUGAUCAAGCGUAGCAUUCGUGUUCACGCCGAGAAGACUGGGAACUCUGCCAUUCUCAACCUCAUUCCUCUCUUGGUCGGAAAUGUUGGUUUGAUCUUCACCAAGGGUGAUUUAAAAGAAGUGAGUGAGGAGGUUGCAAAAUACAAGGUUGGAGCUCCUGCUCGUGUUGGUCUUGUUGCCCCAGUUGAUGUUGUUGUCCCACCGGGGAACACUGGUCUUGACCCAUCUCAAACAUCUUUCUUCCAAGUUCUCAACAUCCCCACAAAGAUUAACAAGGGUACUGUUGAAAUUAUUACACCUGUGGAACUCAUCAAGAAGGGUGACAAAGUCCAAUCAUCUGAAGCUGCCCUUUUGGCAAAACUUGGGAUUAGGCCAUUUUCCUAUGGUCUUGUGGUGGUGUCUAUUUAUGAUAAUGGCUCUGUCUUUGCCCCCAGCGUCCUUGAUUUGACCGAAGAUGAUCUGCUUGAAAAGUUUGCAUUGGGAGUGUCAAUGGUGACUUCACUCUCACUGGCCAUCUCUUACCCGUCACUGGCUGCUGCUCCACAUAUCCUCAUCAAUGCAUACAAGAAUGUUCUUUCUGUUGCUGUUGAGACAGAGUAUUCUUUUGCCUUGGCUGAUAAAGUGAAGGAGUAUCUUGCGGUAAGUACACAUCCUAUUUUUAGUGUCAAACUUACCUCUACCUAUUUUACAUGUGAACCUAUUCACUUUAAUUUUCACCAAAAUCUUGCCUAUUCACACCUGUAUGCAUAUUUUCCUUGUAAGGACCCUUCAAAGUUUGCUGUUGCGGCUGCUCCUGUUGGUGCUGCAGAUGCGGGCUCUGCUCCUGCACCUGCUGCCGAGGAGAAGAAGGAAGAGCCGGAGGAAGAGUCUGAUGAGGAUAUGGGUCUUGAUCUCUUUGGUUAAGCUUUGAGCUCUUAGUGUGUUUGGUGUUGGCUCUAUUAUCUUUAUGUGUUAUGCCGGAGAUUGUCUUUUGUUUCUGUCAAAGUUUUGUUUUUUCAAGUAUUGUUGAGACUAUGAUAUUGUCAUAUUAAAUGUUUGGAUAUUUGUGGUUUUAGUUUUAUGUGCCUCACUAUAAUUUGUCAUUUUCAACUGCUAUGAUUUAGGUUGUGUUUGGGAAAAUAGAUUUAUAAACCAACUUUUCAAGUUUACUAGAGUUCCACUAGGAAGCAUGUAAAUAUGCUCCUUGAACGGACCAAGAAAACUUUGAGUGAAUU